AUGGCCGCUGCGGGGCGCGGGCACGGCGCGGGCGCGCGCGCUGCCUCCGCCGGCGCGAGCGCGGCCCUAUCUCCCCUCAUCCCACUCUCCUCAGCCCCAUCUCCCCUCAGCCCAUUCCCCUCACCCAUCCCUCCUCAACCCCAUCUCCCCUCAGCCCUAUCUCCCCUCAGCCCUAUCUCCCCUCAUCCCACUCCCUUCAGCCCCAUCUCCCCUCAGCUUUUCCCGUGGGGGAGCGACUGUAAUUAUUGGUGGAAACAGGCAGGAGUUAUUUUAGAUGUUUAUACAGAAGGCAGCACCUCCUGGUACAAGGGCAAGUCGUUCCCUCUGUCCCCUCUCCAGGCAACACUGGGAAAUGCACCAGCAAAUUUGUCACUGCCCCAGUCCCUUCCCAGUCUUACUGACGGCUCGUCCACAGGCUCCCAGAGCUUCUGUUCGAUUACAGGAGCUGAAGUUCCACUGGCUGUAAAAGAAGUGGACACAAACAGAAAGCAUCCUAUCCUGCAUCCAGGGAGGAGAUUACAGUGUGUCAUCAGUCCAGUAGGACCAGGUGGAGGUGUGGCAACCUUGGAGAAGCGAGUUCAGAUCUUUGAAAACUACCAGAGGAUGAGCAAAUCCCCAGAAAAAUGGUGGAGGUUGAAAGGUGCUCAUGGUUCACCCCCUCUGCUCACAGUGGGAUCAGAGAGAGAAGGCUGCCCAAGUUCAUGCCCAGUGGGGUUUGAGUAUCUCCAAAGACUGACUCCACAGCUUCUCUGGGCAACCUGUACCAGUGUUGGACCACCUUCACACUGAAAAAAAAUAAAUCUUAACUUUAAAUGUAAUUUCCUGUA